AUUCUAUUGCAGCCCCUUUCGUUCUGGUAUCCCUGUGGUAUGAAGAGGGCUAGAAAGCACUAGGGGGGAGGGGCUAGGAGUGUAUGACGCUUUGAUCCACAAGCCAAUGAUCCGUCAAAUAUAAUCUACCACCAGACAGCGUUAUUAUCAUAACGAGCUGCUUCUAUCAUGAAAGCACACAAAUAUUGCUAUGAUGAACACUAAAUCAUUGGAAAUGCUCACAGCAAACGGUACGCAAAACAUAGUGUUGGCCAACACGCUUCAUAAGAGGUCUGUUUGGCUGAUCGUAGUAGAGUCGGGGAUUUUAUUUGUGAUCAGCUUCCUCGCACUAGCUGGGAAUAUUCUAAUAUGUGCCGCAGUCUACAGAAAGCCUUCUCUACGGACCGUCACUAAUAUGUUCAUUGUUUCUCUGGCCGCGUGUGAUAUUUUGAUGGCAGCGGUUGCAAUGCCUCUAUCCGAAGGGACUCUCAUAACUGGUGAGUGGAUGUAUGGUAGGGUGACAUGUCAGAUUCAGGGUUUCACAAUCCACCUUCUCGUGUUUCACUCUGUGCAAGUGAUUAUGUUGACUGCUAUCAACCGAAACCUCAGCGUGGUGCGACCGGAGCUUUACAGGAGGAUUUUUAGCAAGCGAGCCACCCUAGUGAUGAUUCUAGGCGUGAGUGUUGUAUCUGCAGCUGCUAUGGCCGCGUUGGUGUUUUUCUUGACCUCGUAUUUCAUAUUUCACCCCGGAAAAGCGAUUUGUGUCGUGACAUUUCGAAACUUGUCUCAGAGUCGUCAAUACACGAUUAUAUUUGCUGCCAUUUUUAUCGUUGUGCCUUUCCUAGUUAUCUCUGUGUGUUAUUUACGCGUUAUCCAGACAAUCCGGAGUCACCGCAGAGAGUUUGAGUCAAGCAGAGGCGUGCUUGACUCCAGCUCUGUCCUACUAAGAGAAGAGGAUAAACUAUCGCGAAUAGUUCUCGCCAUUAUUUUGGGCUUCGCCGCGUGCUGGGUUCCCUGUGCGAUAAUUGACAUAAUCGAUACCACGACAGUUGAAUGGCUUCCUCGUCAAGUUUAUUUACUCUACAUGUAUUUGGGAUAUGGCUCCUGUUUGCUAAAUCCAUGUCUGUAUGGAGGAAUGAACAAACAAGUUCGCAGGGAAAUGUUUGGAUUGAUGUUUUGCCGUGGAAGUAGAAAACGGCUCGCCACAAGGAGAGAGCUUCGCAACUGAAGCAAGUUCCGCGGGAGAUAUUACCUGACAAAUCAAUUAAAAUUGUCGGCAUGUCUGACUUAAUUAUGAAAAAAAUUAAAACAUUGUAUUAAAUAUUAAAUAUUGUUAUAAGAACAAAAAUUUAAUUUAGAAACGGAGGAUUUAGAUAAAAGCUAUAGAAAACAAGACAACAACGCCCCGGGACAUAUAUAAUAGAAUAUUUAGAGAAGAUAUUGCUGUUACAAAAAGAGAUGUAAAAUAAGAACGAUUUUGCUGUUAGCUAGAAUUAUCGGAGUACCAGUGUACUCCAAGUGGGCACGCCCAAGCAUAAAAUCUGAUAGUAUCAACACCCAGAUGAAUUAUUAAUAAAUAUUUCUGAUAGGGAAUUUAAUGCAUUUUUAUCGUGUGUCAAUAUACCACGUUAUGGUGGACGAGAGCAAAGCGUAUGCAUUUAUGCAAAUACAUUAUUUUAUAAAAAGAAAAAAACAGCUCAAUUAAAAUGAAUCUUAUAUACUAUA